GCAGCAGCAGUCCUCAUGCAAGAGGUCAACGUCCGCAGAGUCACUGGCUACAAAAACUCCCUGCCGGCCCUGUCCAGGCACUUGUGCUCGGCCCCUUCUCUCAGCAUGCGGAUUCAGAGGACAGGACUAGUUGCAGCCCUGGCCCUGCUGGCCUCAGUGGCCCAGGCAGCGGUGGUCACUGAGAAUGGCUACCCCAUCAUGUGGGACAAGGCGCCGGCGGAGCUCAAAGACAUGCCAACGGCGGAGGACGGUGCGGUCACCAUCAACCCCUGGGAGUAUUUGCAGCGCAUGGGGAUGUACCGACUCAUGAUUAACCACACCAACCAGUACAUGGGCUGCAUGGGGCCUGGCCCCAACAACAGCCCACUCUGGGGGCUGCCCCUGCAACUGGGCUGGAAGCUGAAAUCAGGUCGCUUGGUGGACCCAACUGGAGCUACUACAUGUGGUCAAGAGAGUGGUGAUCCAAUGUGUAUCUCUCCCAAGAGCUGGUGGGCAUGUGUGAACUACUACCUGUCUGUCAUUCCAUUCCUGGCUGCCGUGCAGGCAGGUUUGAUUGGAGACGGAGUCAUCAAGAUUACAGUCCAGGGCCCCCCGGAGGCCGCCGAAGACUACUGCACCACCUUUACGGACUGCUCGGCUAAAUAUCCAGAUCUGAUGUCCAAAUGGGAAACCUUUUUUACAACAGUGAAAGCGGCAAGUGAAUCAGAAGCCACAGACUCCGAGAAGAUGAACCAGAUCCUGGGCGCCAUGUGGGCCGCACAGCAAGCCUCUCUGCAGCAGGCCACCACCAGCUGCGCUGAGCGGCAGAAGUCCUAUUCCAAACCAGAAAUUUCCUUCGCUGUGAGCUGGGUGGGCUCGGCCGACUACGUCAGCGCCGCGUACUUCCUGUCCAACCUAGAGAAGUCGACACGGUUCAUGGCCCCGCUGCCCGGUCGAGUGCUGACCGAUGCCGACAAGCCCCCUAACGUCCCGGACCUGAGUGCCGAGGAGAACCACACUCUCUACAUCUUCAGCUGGAUGAACAGCAUCAACAGACUACUGGGAAACACUCUGGUGAAUAUGUGGAAUAAGGCCAUGUGUUCCGACGCAGCACGGGAAAAAGGCAGGGCACUUCUGGAUGAUCUGGUCCUGAACCCGAAAUUUGCAGUCUCUGGCCUUCUCUCCAUCCUGACUGGAAUGGCAACCAACUGCUGAUGCUGCUGCCACAGCGUUCCAGCAUCUCAAACAAGAUCAAUACCAGCUCUCCUAUUCUGACAGGCCAAAUGUGAUGACCAUCCAAGAAUUUUCUUAAUAAAACUACUUUUCAAAA